AUGCUCGUCCAAGAAAAUCAGCGCUUAUCGAUGGAACUCAAAGAUGUUCAGGCACAGGUUGCUAUGCUUAAGAAGGAGCUCAACAAGGAGAUGAUACAAGCGGAUGCCGAGCAAGUACAAGGGAGGUACUGGCUGCCGGAGGAGCACAGGCGGUUCCUGGUGGGUUUGAAGAAGUAUGGGCACAAGAACAUCAAGGCGAUCGCAGCCUACGUGGGAACGAGGAGCACGACUCAGGUCAGAUCACACGCGCAGAAGUACAUGAAGAAACUCAACCGGCACGGAAAGACGCUUGCCGACCUCGGGCUGCCCGAGAAGAGCGAUGAGCUAGAUCAAGAGGAUGAAGCGCACCCUGCAAUGGCGGUCAUGAUGGAAGAGAGCUCGCAAACGAAGCCUAACUUCACCCCGUCCUACGACGAGCUCCCCCUUACUCCUCCGCUGCACAGCAAGAAAUUUUGCUAUGACAGCGGGGAGACGUUCUCAAGUCUGUACGCUCCCGCUGCCGACCAGAUGCUCCAGAGCAAGAUACAGAGCUUUGAGAACCAGAUGUGCUCUAAGGGCAUGCAAGCCAUGGGCAUGGCGGGCAAGGACUGCUCUAGCGCCCAGCCGAGCACCGUAGUCGGCAUGCCGAUGCCUUCGACCAACUCUCCCUCGGUCGUCCUGCAGACCAGCAACGACAUCUCCGGUGCUCUGAGGAUACACAAAGUCUCCUGGCAGAACGUGCCCGGGCAGGGCGCAAACUCAGCCAUGUUCUCCCAGCUGGGAGCGGCGUCCAGCUCGUUCAUGCAUCCUCCCGGUGACGGGCCGGUGGCGAACUUCGGCAACCCGGUGUUUCCGAUGUCUCAGCUCGGGCAGCAGCAGUGCAUGCAGAUGGCUUCCAACUUUCAGCACAACCAGCAAAUUGGAAACAAUCUAACGUGGUUGUCGCAGCAGCAGGGACAGCCGAUGAAAGGAACCUCCAUGCCUUCAAACAACAUGUUGUCCAUGUUCCAGAAAGUGACGGAGAAUCCGAUGAACUUGCAGCAGGGAAGAUUCGUCUUGUAA